CCCGUUUAAAAUCCUCAGGGUACUCCAUACUCCGUACAGCUUGUAGCAUUUGCAAAAAGGGUGGAACCAAGAGGCUUCAAUUUUGUGGCGACAAUGACCCCAUCGAACAUAGUCACGGAAUUCAUCUAUUUCACAUUAAAGUCAGAUGUCAAGCCAGAAGACCGCGAAAAUGAUGAUGGCAGAUUAUUCCUCAGCGCAUUAAACACCGUCAAACAAAGCUGUGGAUAUCUAAGUUCAUUCUGGGGUCGAACGAUCGAGAAUGAGAACAAUAUUGUUUGGAUUAUCGAAUGGAAUGACACAACCGGCUGCGUUCCCCUUUCUCUGCUCGCUCCCAUUAUCGAACCAGAUACCACUCCAAUUGCUCUCCACACCACCCUCACUCCGCCGCCAAACGGCCUCUUCACCAAUGCUUCAGUCAUCGAAUUGGCUGUCCUUGCAUUCCCACAAGAUCUCAGCCCGCCCGAAAGGACCUCCUUAAACAAUAAUCUGAUCAACUUCCGCUCCAUAUGUCUCCAACUGAGAGAGUCCGAGCCCCCAAGCGCCUUUUUAAUGGGCUGGGUCGAGCGACCAGGCAGCGUUCCGCAUCAGGGAAGUGAGUCCGGAAAAGCACAACUGGUAGUCUUUGUCGUCGAAUGGGAGAGUAAGGAACAGCACGAAAUGGCAAGAAAAGCAGCAGAGUUUGGCAGAUCCAUUGCGCCAAUAAGGGAGAAGAUGUUACCCCCUAUCAACAUUCUGCAGAUGAGGCAUGUCAAGUUGCAGCCCGUUAUGUGA